ACACAAACACACACACACAGCCACACAUCGUCCUUUAGAAAAGGAGGACAAAAGAAAAAGCAGGAUUAAACAUGCAUUCCUUUGCUACAUUUGUGCUUCUGUAUGUGUGCUCUGAAAUGAUCAUUUUUCUCAACAAAAAAAGGCGCAAAAGAUUCGUCCAUCAAGGACCUCAAAGGGACACAAACGCACAUCUGUUUGCCGCCAAAGGUGUGGUCUGCUUGCACGUGGACUGAUUUUUGUUGUCACUUUAAUGAUGCUGGUCCUGGUUGAUUGGUUACAUUGUGUGUCGAAGAAGUAAGCACAGCCAUAGCCUACUUCGUGAUACUGUGGUGCCCCUUGGGCAGUAGCAAAAGGAACGUCUGACGGCGGUUCGUGUGCAUGUGUGUUGAGCGCAAGUAGUGGGCUCACUGUAGCUUAGUUAAACUCGCGCUAGCUGGCAACACUGCUCUGAUUGGAGUUCGAGUCGUGUGCCCGUGUGCAUGGUGGAUGUGUACUUACAGCAAAUGUUCGUCAGCCGAAAAUACGGUAAACAAAUAAGGUAGGUUUUUUUGUUACUCGACUACGCUUCUUCGCCCUCCUGUUAAGCACCUUACGUCUUCUCCACCACCGCGCCUUCUCCACCCGGUCAACCUUUGGGGUGUUGGUGGUGAUGAUGAUGAUGGUUCGCCUCCUCUUUCUAGCCCAUUCAGAGAUUUAGACGCGCCUUUUGGCUGUGUGUGGGUCAAUAGAGUGUAAUUGUGGUGCCUCUAUUGGUGCCUGCUCGUCUCGCUCUCCUGCAUGCCGGUUGUGUGUCCGUUCUCUUUCCGUUUCGUUACGGAUGCUGUGUAUUGGCAUUGUUAUUUUCGUUACCUCUUCCGUGGCCAUGCAGACAACACACCCUCCCCGACCCCGGUCUCUUGGCCGGCCCCUUUUGUACUCGUGCUUUUGUGUGUACCGAGAUCUUUCUUACCACCCCCCUGCGCAUGAUCCUCGGUUUUUGGCCAUCAUCAUCAUCAUCAUCGGUGUUGAGGAGAGGUAGUUUGCUGGUAGUGUGUUUGCGUGUACGAUUUCAUGCUCUUUCUCUGUGUGUGAGUGUGGCUGAGGAAUCCCGAAAUACCUGGUGCUGGUUGCGAGGGAAAAUCAAUUUUAGUCAUUAGUAAUAUUUUAUUACGAGCGCGCACACCCAGCCAGCAGUCGAUCGGUCGGAAGCGUGUCCGCCAAAAACCAUUCCAGUCCCAUUCUGGCAGUGGGCGCGAGCGAGAGCGGCAGAAGACGAACCUCCUGCUCCGUUUUGCGCGAGAUCGUUGCGUGGUUGCGUCGGCGGUAUAUUCGGUCGCGCGUGCGCAAGAGAAGAGGAUUCUGUGGCGUGAAAAGAAAAUCACAGUUUUCGCGCACCCGCCAGCCAGCAGCUGCUUCAGUGGUCAGUGGUUCCCUUCCGAGGGUGGGUGGGUCGUCGUGUGCGGGGUUAUUGUUUGUUUUCAUUUACCCCACCCCAAAAAUCGCUCGAGACGAUCCGUCGGAUCGAUCAGAGAACAGGCUCCGGUCGAUCGGGGCAGGUGCGUACCAGUCGUCUCCGGGACGUCUCAUUCGGUGCGUGGCUGUGGUCGGGCGUUGAUAUCGCGCGGUGCUGCGGAACAUGCUGGAACAGUUCUUCGGUAUCGAAGGAAUCGCAUUCUUCCGCGCACCCUGACAAGCGCGUCGUCUUUCGAUCGUGGCUGAAUGACGGAUCGAACGAUGAGUCGCUAGUUUUUGCGGGAAUUAAGUGACUAAGCAAGCUGGUGCUACUGCUGGUGCGAAGACAGGAUCGCUCUUUUGUGAUAGUAGUGCUGGGCGUGAUGUUGAUGUUGGUGCAUUCUUGAAACUAAGUACAAGCGUUUAGUUGAAGCUCUGUAAAACGGGCCUGUCGAAAAAGCGGGGUACCACUUUAUACGAGUGUGUGUGUGUGCUCACAGUGUGCUAAUCAGUGUGUGAAAUCGUGCCCAAGAUCGUGCUAAAUCUGAUCGCCCCUUGUUAGCCCCUUACUCGCGCACACACGCGCGCGCGGGAUUGACGAUAACAAGACAAAUAGCAAAUAGUGACAGUCAAAAAUUGCUCUCCCUCUGCUCCCAGCCCCUCCCCCCGAUUGGUGGUAAACUUCCUGCACGACGAAUAUGUUUGGUUAUCCCGAGGCAAGAGCAAAGAUCUUCCACCAUAAACUUCAUUGCCGUGUCGGAUCGUGUUUGCUGUGUACGCGGUGUGGUGUUGUGUUGUAUGAUCCGCCCGUGAAAAGGUGCUAACGGACAUCUCUACGCCGUCCGGUACCGACUGUAACUAGGAGGAGCAGUGGUUGAUCCAGUCAGUCAGUCAAAUUCCUUCCGAUUCUUUAGUGAUUAUAGCAAACCAUCGAUCGGUACGCAGAGAGAGAGAUAGAGAGAGAAGAAGAAAGAGAAGACCAAAUUAAACUCCGAGCUAAAAACUACGUGCGUGUGUGUGAUCCCCCCCCUUCGAAAAUGCUUCAAAGUACGAUCGGGCAGGCGCAGCGCUUCAAGAAGCGCGAGCGCACCCAGAACUGGGCGUACGAGGAGAAACACUUUCUGCUCGAGCUCUGCCGCAAGGAUAUGCACAUCAUCGAGAACAAGCGGCUGGACAGUGCGCUGACAACGCUGAAAAACCGGGCCUGGAAGAUCAUCCACCAGCAGUUUGCGAUCGCGUUCGGUACGGACCGGAACUGCAACCGGCUGAAGGAGCAGUGGCGCCGCAUGAAGGCCUGCACGCGGGCGGAAAUGCUUGACUACCAGCAGCGGAUACAGCGAUUCGGGCAGGAGGUGGCCGACCGCAAGAAGCCGAGCCAGUUCACGUUCGAGAUCUGGGACUUUAUGCAGGAGGCGAAGAAGGUGUGCAAGAACGAGCUGAUGGACGAUGUGGACUACUCGAAGAUGAAGCUGUCGCUCGAGGAGAACCUGCCGCAGGGUGUGUCGAUAAAGGAUUGCAGCGACGAGAACGACGACGAAAGCUCGUCGAUGUGGGAUAAAACAUCACAAAAUCUAUGCGAGGUGCAAAUUAAGGAAGACUCCCAGGACGAGCUGGACGAUUACGACAAGGGUCCAUCGGCCAAAUACCCGCGCCUGCGGGGACUCUCGAGCACUUCGUCCCCGUUCGGCACACCGUCGUCGGCGGCGGAUGCGGUGCAAAGUCGGUUCAACGAGCUGAUCGCGUCCAGCUUCGCGAGCCGUCUCGCCAACAACAGCGAUCAUCACCAUCUCAGCGGAACCGGCGGCUCCGGCAGCAACCACAACAACAAUAACAACAACAACAACAAUACGGCCAGCGGGAACAAGCUGCUCGAAAGCCUCGACGCCUACCACCGGACAGCGUUUGGCAGUGAGUCGAGUUUGGCCGAUCUGACCGCACACGGAGGCGGCAAUGCCAGCGCUAACCUCUCGCAGAUGGAUCUAAACAACACGCUCGAGGCGCUCAACAUGCUAAAGUCGCGGUUCAACCGCAUCAUGGAGCCAGGCUACUGGAAGAAUGCAAUGCAGGAGGCACACCACAAUCUCACCACGGCUGGCCACCAGCAGGCACCACCGGAUUCACCGACCGGAAUGGCGCAUCACAGUGCUGCGGCAUCGGCGGCAGCAGCAGCGGCAGCCAAUCACCUUCUGCAGGGUCUCGCAAACGGUGCCGCAAACGGUGCACUCAUCAACGAUGACGAUCACGAGGCGAUGGUAGCGGCGCACCAGCGGGCCGCCGCAGCAGCAGCAGCCACGACGCCUCCACCGCCCGCCAGCAGAAGUGCGAGCGCCGGAAUGAAGAAGCAGAUGGAUGCGCAGCACCACCAGAGCGAGCACGAUCUGCGGAUGCAGAUACUGAAAACGGAACUAGAAACAGCUAAAAUCAACAAAGAGACCGCCGAGCUGAACCGGCAGCUUGCGCUACAGAAGCUCGGGCGGCGGGCAGGCGGCAACAGGACGAGCAGCGUCGCCAGCGCCGGCGACGUGGCCAAUCACUCCGACCGAAGGGACGACGACGAGCUGGAGGUGAUGAUGGAGGAUAACACGUCGAGCUCGACCGUGCCCGAGGGCAGACUGGUGGUCCGGUCGCUAUCGUCGAUGGAAGCGGCACCGGCGGUGGUGGCGGCGGGAUCGGCAGCACCUCCGUUGCCACUGUCCGUUCCCUCCUCACCAUCGUUGCCGUUGCACGUGCACAACAUCGAGUAGGGAUCGAGAUUAGGGAUUAUUAGGGGAUUAUCAGGACAGCAGAGGACUUCCAGAGCCACCAAAGGCAAAUCGGCGCAUCGGAAUCGGGUCGGUUAGAAUUUAUUUAUCAUUCCGCAAAACAAACAGUGUGUGUGUGCAUGUGUGUGGUACACCAAAAGCCUCGUGCACGUGUAUCGGAUCGGUGGGUUGCGAUCGUUUUAGUGUAAAAAAUAAACAAAGUUGCUCCCAUUUAGCAUGCAAAGUAGUAGUGUCUAAGACGUAAGAGCGAAUAGAGGAGGGCACGGGACGACGGAGGUCUAUUAAGUGAAGGGAGCGCAGAAUGAGACUGCAGCAGAGACGCUGAUUGGAAAGUUACGCGCGAAGAUGCAUGCAAAGAGCAUACCACACUUAAUGAUAGCAACCAGUUUUAUAAAAAUAAAAAAAAACAGAUAGUGAAAUCAAUAAGCACUUUGGGGAGGGGGUACUACAAUAGUUCGAACGGGUGGUAAUAGCAGCAGCAGCUAGAGAGAAGCUAGUAGUAGAUGCGGCACUUUAGGCUGCAACAGCGCAGCUGGUGAGGGAGAGCUGGUGUGCUGUGGAGAAAUUGGUUCAAACCAAUUU